AGACGCCGAAGUAGUUCGGCCCUCUCGUCGGCGGCCGCCAUGUCGUCUUUCCCCGAGCUGUAUUUUAACGUGGAUAACGGUUACCUGGAAGGGUUGGUGCGCGGUUUUAAGGCGGGAGUGCUCCGGCAAGGUGACUACGUCAACCUGGUGCAGUGUGAGAGCCUGGAGGACUUGAAACUGCACCUCCAGAGCACAGACUAUGGGAACUUCCUGGCCAAUGAAGCCUCCCCGCUUACUGUCUCUGUCAUAGACGACAAGCUGAAGGAGAAGAUGGUGGUGGAGUUCCGUCACAUGAGGAACCAUGCAUAUGAGCCCCUAGCAAGUUUUCUGGACUUCAUCACGUACAGCUACAUGAUUGACAAUGUCAUUCUGCUGAUCACUGGGACCCUGCACCAGCGUUCAAUCUCUGAACUGGUGCCCAAAUGUCAUCCUCUGGGAAGUUUUGAGCAGAUGGAAGCCGUGAACAUUGCUCAGACGCCUGCAGAGCUCUACAAUGCGAUCCUGGUAGACACUCCCCUGGCUGCUUUCUUCCAAGACUGCAUAUCUGAACAGGACCUGGAUGAAAUGAACAUUGAAAUAAUUCGAAACACGCUGUAUAAGGCUUAUCUGGAGUCCUUCUACAAGUUCUGCAAAACGCUGGGAGGUACAACAGCAGAUGCCAUGUGCCCGAUCCUGGAGUUUGAAGCUGACCGGAGGGCCUUCAUUAUCACCAUUAACUCAUUUGGUACUGAGCUGUCCAAGGAGGACCGAGCAAAGCUGUUCCCGCACUGUGGCAAGCUCUAUCCUGAGGGCCUGGCUCAGCUGGCCAGAGCAGAUGACUACGAACAAGUCAAAAACGUUGCUGACUACUACCCUGAGUACAAGCUGCUAUUUGAAGGGGCUGGCAGCAACCCUGGAGACAAGACCCUUGAAGACAGGUUCUUUGAGCAUGAGGUGAAGCUGAACAAGCUGGCCUUCCUCAACCAAUUCCACUUUGGAGUCUUCUACGCCUUCGUGAAGCUGAAGGAGCAGGAGUGCCGCAACAUUGUGUGGAUCGCAGAGUGCAUCGCCCAGCGGCACAGGACCAAGAUUGACAACUACAUUCCCAUCUUCUAACCCUGCUCCGCUCCUGUCCACCCCUCCUGCCCCUGGAGUCUGGAGGGACCCCUCUCUAACUCAGAGUUAUCCCUUGCCCAGACUCCAGGGAUGUCACAUCUGUGGAACUGGCUCAGAUGAGGAAACUGUACAGUUGCUAGUUAAAUUAUUCACAAGCUGAAGUUUUGAGUUGUGUGCUGUGAGGGGCCCAGAGAGACCAGUGGCACAGGCUUGGCCCUGUGUAGCAGGAGGGGCACCACCUGUUGUGUAUCUAAUAGUCCCCGUGUUACUGUACUAAUUGCUGUAUGCGCUUAUGCUCAUAGAGCAAGUACCGGGGGGUUGCCACCUCCAAGGGGUUCCCACCGCUGCAGAGGAAUGUGUCAGGUCUGCUGUGGCCGGGGGUCCUCUGUCAGUGCUCUGCACGUCUCCUAGUCUGUGUUGUUCCUGUGAGAUUUAGUCCGAGUGUGAUUUGUAGCGUAGCCUGUGCUGCUGUGCAGUCCCUGCAUCCCCCUGUAGCUAACCCUGACCUGGGAGAGACAGAGCCAGGACUGGGACGGAGCCUGUGGGAAUGCGAGGGCAGAGCCAGAGCGCUUGCUGCGCACGCUCCUCCCUACUCCAGCAGCAUUUGCACAAGCGCAGCCUCGCCGUGUCCUCGGAAGCAGCUCUUGCCCGGUCUCCCUCCUGCCCUGCAGCUUGAAAGGGCUCUGUGAGUUGGCUGAGCUCCUUCCUCCCUACGCCUUGGAGUUCACAGUCACAAUCAUGCAAGAGCCAGGGCUCCUUUUGGCUCUGCAGAUGAUGCUGGACCUGCACCACCCCAGGGUAUCAUCCAGGCUGGCACAGCCUCCUCCCCUGUGCAGGGCGUCAGGGCUGGCACUGCCACGGGGCUGUAUGGGCACAACUGGCCCUUGGCAGAGCAGCCCUUGGCUCUGGCUCCAUUUGCUCACCUCGAUGAGUGCGGAGAUGUCCCAGACCCUGCCUGUCUGUGGUCAAGGGGUGGGAGCCAAGCCCUGGGCAUGGUCUGGCAGCCCGGUUCCUUGCUAUUCCAUGUCCCGGUUUGUUCCCGCUUGCACUCGAGGCCUGGGCGCUGCCCUGUGGUGGUGUGGCAGCGGAGAAGCCUCGCUGGUGGGAAACACUUGCUUGGUGCUGCUGCUGGGAGGGAUCGAUGGAGAGCGGCUCCGUCCCAGCUUGUGCUGUGGUUGCCUCUGCAGUGUUUGUUAUCCUGCGAUCCCCUCCUCUCUACACCAAUAAAUAUCUGCCUACUGCACUGUGCUCUCCCUGCUUACUCUGGUGCCUGCUCCCACAUCCCCAAGAGGAGCCUGUGUCAGCCAUGGGGCCUCGUACCUUGGUGUGGCUCCUGCGUGACUUCUCUCACAGGCAGGGGGAUCGUGCUGCCCGUUGGGGCCCUUGGAGCCUUUGCACUCCUGCCCAAGCUGUGUGUGAUGCCUGGUCUGUGGGUGCAGCUGGGUGCUGAGCUGGUGGGUGCCCAGGAGACAUAGCCCUUGCUGCUUGGGCAGCUGUAUGGGGGUGAGCCGUGCAGUCAGGGAGUGGUGUGGCACAUCCUCUGCCUUUGCUAAGCUUGUCCCCCAGCACCUGGGCUUCCUGCCUGGGGCUGUCCAUGUGUGGCACCGUCCUUGCCCCAGCCAGGUCAUGGAGUCAGAGCA